GGCACGCGAAAGAUCACGUGGAGCAACGUCACAGAAAGUUCAUGCUGUUUUACACGAUAUACGCGAUGCUGUACGGCGUGGUUCUCCAGACGAGAGACUUUUACUAUUCCUGGCCAAACCUCACCCUAUUUGAACCCAGCCAUGCGCUCGGCGCAGAGUAAGGACGUGUCCAUCAUUUGGACGUGCUUCUUGAUGAAAACCGUCGGCUUGUGGAUGGCCGCCGAUCGCGCAGAGCAACAACGUAGAAACUUCGCGUUGAUAUACACCUGCUCUAUGCUCUUCAUUGCCACCUGCAUCGCGAUAAGGGACUUCUAUUACUCCUGGGGCAACUUCAAUGACUGCGUUUAUAUCGCGUGCAAUAUUAUGUACCUCAUGGUCGUACUCUUUAAGAUCGCCGUGUUGUACACACACAGAGUGGAAUUUUUCGAUUUAAUUCUGUUCACGCAAAAGAAUUUCUGGCAUUCGAAUUAUAACCUACGGGAAAAAUUAAUUCUAGACGAGUACAAGAGAUUAUGCGCUCUUUUCAUCGUUAUUCUUAGCUUUUGCACACAAGGCACUUGCGCUGGUUACAUGGUGACGCCAAUUUUGGGAAAUAUCGGGAAAAACGAAUCCGAAAGGAUACUACCAUUUAACAUGUGGCUGGACUUCCCCACAGGAACCUCGCCUUAUUUUGAAGUACUAUUUUUAAUACAGAUGCUGUGCGUGUACCACGUAGGUGUGUGUUACAUUUGCUUCGAUAAUUUCUUGUGCAUCCUAAAUCUGCACGUAGCAAGCCAGUUUCAAGUGCUGCAAUACAGAUUGAUGAACUUGACCGACAUCCUCGAGAAAGAGAGACACAUUCGAGCGUCCGAUGAAAGCCUGUCGCGUUACGCGAGCACGUGCUAUCAAAAAUUGAGGAAUUGCGUUAAACACCAUCAGGCACUUAUGGAAUACUGCAGGAUGCUUGAGAAAAUAUUCACACUGAUAGUGUUGGGUCAGGUGUUGUUCUUGGCUAUGAUCAUAUGUCUCGUGGGAUACCAAAUAUUCCUGGCAGAAACGCCACCAUCGAGAAGCGUAAGUUUGGUGCUGACCAUGGCUGCUACUUUGUGUCAGCUCUUAAUGUUUACAUACAGCUGCGAUGGCUUGAUACGACAGAGCAGCAACGUCGGCGGUGCAAUAUUUUCAGCGCCAUGGGCCAUUUUUCCAAUGGAUCAAAUCGGCAAAUCGCUGCGCAAAAAUACGACUAUAAUGAUUAUGAGGACGACCAGAUCUUGUUGCUUGACAGCCAGCGGCUUCUUUCCCGUUUCUUUGGAAACCUCCACUGCGGUUCUUAGUACAGCGAUGUCGUACUUCACUUUAUUAAGACAGUCGACACUUGAUAUGGGAAACGCACACUUAAAUUCAUGAAACUAUUUGUUUAUAUUCAAUGUGCUCGUGUAAAUACAUUCAUACAUUCACUCAUUCAUUAACAUGUAAUUACUAAUACUUCUAAUACUUCGAACACUUGAACGUUUACAAAUUUCAAUAUUGACAACAUUACAACAAAAACAUUUACAUAGUACGUUCAUAUAAACUGUAAAUUCUUCUUGGAGGAAUAAAAUAACAAAUGGGAGACAAAUUUGAGUAGUGUGUU